AUGAGCGUUUUUAUGGUUGACAAAGAAAUCGUAACAUGUCCCGAAAGACCGAGAGCCAUGUUCAAGAUGGGGCUCUCCAUGGCCUUUCUCUUAUUCUGUGCCAACAUGUUGCUGCUCCUGGUUCUGAUUCAACGAGACUUUAUGUCCCCACCGGCUCGAGUCGCUAUGGCCGUGGAUCCGCCCCUGGAAGACAUCACCACAAACACGGGGCAACCCACCGCGCCCGAAUCCUCUCGUUUGCCACGACGACUUCCGCGUGACUUUCGCAUGGCUCGACCCGAAGAAUGCCCCGCAGCGAUGCACAAACUCACCAAUUAUGCUCCCGCUUCCAUGAAAUCCAAAAUCCCCUACAGUCGUCAAAAGAAAUUCGUCUUGGGCGGCUAUCAGCAAAUUGACAAGGGCAGUGGCGAUUACAAACUCGUCGCACCCCUUGUCGCCAAACUCUCCAAACUUCAACACGAACAAGGCAUUUUUGGAACCGUCGGAGAACUGGGGGUUCAUCACGGUCGGUUCACCGGGGCACUCUACAUGACAGCACGAGAAACCGAAAAACUCAUUGCCGCCGAUUUGUUUGAAGAUUUGCAAUAUCAAAAUGUGGACGUGAGUGGAUAUGGCAAUCGACAAGCCUUUCGACAAGGACUCGAGUCGUACGGGCUCAACGAAACCACCGAUUUGCAUCUCGUGCACACCGGUACCACCGAAGACUUGCCCUUUGACUGGCAUGUUCAGUCGGACUUUGAACCCUUUCGACUCAUUAGUGUCGAUGCCGGUCAUACCGCCGGAUUGACCUUUAAUGAUCUCGAAAUUGCCUUUUGCAAUUCCGUGCCCGGCUCUAUUGUCAUUCUCGAUGACUUUUUUCACAAUCUAUGGCCCGGUGUCACGGAAGGAUUCUUCCAAUUCGCCAGCAUGGGACCCAUUGACAAUGGUGUCUACCCCUUUCUGAGGUGCGAAGGCAAGGCGUUUGUCACCAACGACAAGGCACUCCACAAACAUUAUUACAAAAUGCUACGAUCCGAACCCAAAUUCAAACUCUUUCUCAAUGCAUAUGCCCAUCAAGUACGCGGAUCCAAGGUCAAGUACAUGAUGAACGGAGUCGAAUAUCUCAAGUGCAGUUCGGACAAACUCAAACGAGACACGAUGCAUCUCUUGUGGAAUAGUUUGGUGUAUUAA